UGUUGAUGCAUUCUUCUUUUCAAGUAAACAAGAGGCCUGGAACCCUCUUGACGCCCUGAAGUAUCUGUUUUUGAAGAACUCCACUCUGAACGUGGAACGCAUUACGACGAUCUUGAGAGACUACCAGACGAGACUGAUGAGUGAGCCGAAACAGCUUAUAUCUGAGCUCCUGACGCUGGACAGCCAGCAGUUCCUGGUGGCCAUGAAACUGCUCUUCAGUGGAAGAAAAGAGCAGACACCCCUGAUGGAUAUUGAUUUUGACCUGAUAAUGGCCGCCCUCGUGCAGAGUCCUGGGGGGAACAGGUCCCUGUUCUGGAUUGCGAAGGAGAGGUGUUGGUCAGAGCUGAACGCCCCAGACUGCGUGGAGCUCCUGGGGAGGGCAAUGAGGUUGUCCUCAGGGGAGUUCGUCCACGAGGAGCUUAUCACAGACCUGCCCCGGGAUCUGCAGGACGACACCUUCAGGAACAUAACGGCUAUUUUUAAGGACCUUUAUGACAAGUUUUCAGUCAGCACGCAAAGAGCUAUCUACAAGUGGAUCACUCUGGGUCUGCAGAAAUGGACAAAGUCAAAUGCAGAAGGAUUUGAUUCGUGGGUCACAGCCGAGAGCCUGAGGUUUCUGGGAAGAUACAUUGUUCAUCUGCCAGUGUACAACAUCAAGACAAUUCCUCUGAGUGAGAUAAGGAUGUUCAUCAACUAUGACAAUGCCACAAAACAGCUGGACUCGGUGUACGACAUUAAGCAUGCCACAGCCAAAGCCUUCCUGGGAAGAAUCAACGGCUCUGGGUUCGAUAUGGGGAACACCUCAAUAGUCUACAGGCUCGGCCUCCUGGUCUGUUUCUAUAACAACGUGCACCAGCUGGGUGCCAGUGAUGCCCGUAAUCUGCUCCACCAGCUCAUCAAGUGCAACCAGCUCCGUGGCAGCCAAUCGGAUGUGCAGAAGCUGAAGUCUCAGCUGCUGGAUAUCGUGAUGAAGAACCAGACGCUGAACGAGACGCUGGGCUCGGUGUCGGAUGCGGUGGUCGGCCUCACGCCCAGCCAGCUGGAGUCACUAUCCCCCCAGGCUGUGCAGGGCUCCAUCGCCGUGCUGCAGCAGGUGUUGGGCUGGACAAGGAGCCAGACCAUCAUCCUCGCGCACAAGUACGUGGGCAGCAGCAAGGUUCUGUCGUUCAGCAACAUCAGCCAGCUGGGUUCCCUGAUUUCGGGGGUGGACACAAACCUCUUCUACAGCGUCAGCACGGAGGAGCUCGGCAAGGCCCUGGAGAGCACGCUGUCGCAGUACGCCUCUGACCUCAACCCUGCGCAGCAGCAUGCCAUUGUCAGCCAGAUGAUCACAGCUCCGGAGCUCUGGAUGGUGAUGAAGCAGAUCCCCAGCGUGUUGUUUGCGGAGGUAUCCCUGUCCACUCUGCUGGGGCUGCAGAGCAUUGAGACCAGCACUGUGGGGGAGAAGCAGCUCACACGAAGCCAGGCUUUUUUUCUCUAUGAUUCCCUGUCUAAGAGGAUGUCCACAACAGAUCUCAUAAGUACAGGGCAGCUUAUUAAAGGGAUUUCCUGUGAUCAGAUUCAUGAGAUGGACAGUAAGGCCUUCACGACCAACUUCACCCUCUUUGAAAAGAACUUCCACCUGCUCUCUCCGUUCCAGAUGAACUGCCUUGCCUGGAAAUACUGGGAAGUGUUAAAUACGACAAACACGUCGAUUCCACCCAUUCUAUUAUCCGUGCUUCCUGUGGCGUAUGUAGACAACAUGCCCUCUUCGUCAUGUAAGUCAUUCUUGGUGAGCCUGGGAAGGAUCCACUUGGAUCUCCUGGUUCUCUACACUGAGAAACAGGAAGCCAUCAUUAAGAAGGUGCUGCAGUGUUUGACUGAUGGAAUCCAAGAUGAGUAUGAUGUGGACAUGCUUGGCCGGCUCAUCUGCCACCUGCCUCCCGAAACCAUCCGGACCAAAAUAUCCCAGACGGCCCUGACUGCCACCCUCAGACAGUUCAAGACCUGCCGGGAUCUCAGUCAGGAACAGAAAGCUGCUGUCAAAAGCAAACUAGCAGAACUAUAUGGAAACUGCACUUACUGGACUGCAGAGCUGACUCAGGAUUUAGGACCCCUAGUAACUCUUUUAUCCAAAGAUGAAAUUACAGUAAUAGCAAACAAGUUCCCUGAUGAGUUGCUGCCACUGGCAGUGAAGGUAGCGGGAGGCUCUCUCCCGGAGGAGUUCCUCUCUGCGCUUUUCGAUGCUGUGCGAGGCUCCGGAGUGAGAGACCAGGCCGUGGACAAAGGGCCAGAUUGUGAUGCAGUUAGAGCUCCCACUGCUGACGACAUCAGGAAGCUGUCAGAGGCAAACUUGUAUUGGUCAGCGCCGGAGCUACAGUGCAUGUCUGAUGACACCUUCACCAGGACAGUGGAGCUGCUGGGGUCAGUGGAGGGAUACAACAUGUCUCAGCUCAGAGCCCUCAAGAACAAGGCCAAACGGGUCUGGGGUCCACUUUCAAGCUGGAAGAGCUACCAUGUGAUCUCCCUCGGAGCAAUAGGACUGGCGCUGACUGAGAGUGAAAUCAAAGAGCUCAAUCUGAGCUCCAUAGACACUGUGACCGCACUGAGCCAGCAGAGCACAUGGACAGCAGGACAGAUGAACAGCCUGCUGACCAGGUUCCUGGAGGUCUCGGGACUGUCCCUGGGGGCUUUGAAGGGCUCGGACCUGGCCGGCCUUGGCAUCAUUCUGUGUGGAGUGGACCCCAGCCAGAUCCAGCUGAUCAGUUCUGCCGCUUACAGUGCCACGGCUGCCCGGAUCGGCACUCUGCCCUGCCCAGCGGACGUGCUGCAGGAGCUCAAGAAGAAAGCAGAGAGCUUGUUCGGGGAAGUGGGAAACUGGAACAGCUCGGUGCUGCAGGAGGUGGGCACCGUCGCAGCUGGCUUGAGCAAAGAGGAGCUGAAGGCAGUCAGCAAGGAUCUGAUGCCAUACUUUCAACCCCAGGCCAUAGCAGCCAUUCCCCCUGAGAACUUUAAAGAGUUCUCUGUGGAGCAGGUCCAGAGCCUGGGCCCUGAGAAUGCUGCGGCGGUGACCCCCCUGCAGAUAGGGGAGCUCAGCUGGGAGCAGAUCCAGAGCCUGCAGGCCUCACUCGAUGGCCUCCGGGAGAGCAAUGCCAGCUGGGGCAGCUCGGGCAGCUCCACAGUCAACAUGGGUGCCUCUCUCCAUCACCGCGUGCGUCUCUGGCUCUGGGUUCUGUGUGUCGCUGGAUCAUGGAUCAUUCCUCGGAGAGAGCUAUAAAAGCACAAGACUAGAGCUGCAAUAUUGCGAGCUGCCUUAUUGCAUUUAGUGUACAUGCUGCCAAAUGUGAUGCCAAGUACUAUGUGAAACACUCCCCUGCUGCUUUCCAAGAACAGGGGAUGUGUGUAGGUCUAGUCACAUACAGUGUAGACACUAAAACGGGCUACACCUUCAUGCAAAUCAAGAUCUGUCUUGCGAAUAGCAAAAUGCACAGCGUAGAGUAGCAUCUACCAUCACCCUUGUAAAGGCUCACCUAAUAUGGAAAUAGACUUUCUGUACAAAAGGAUUCCCUUCCCAAGCUGGAAUUGCAGUACCUUGGGUAUUUGCAUGGUGUUGAGCUCUGUAUGUAGUGUUCCAUUUUGGAAAGUAUUGUUUUAGCAAUAACAGCAGCUACGUGAAUGUAUUUUAAAAAGUAUUGAACUGAACCUUCAAUGCCAUUUAUUUUGAAUGCUUUGAGAAACACUGGGCGGACUUCAUGUGGUUUUGCAUUCCGAAUAAUCCAGAUGUUCUGUUAGUUCAUUAAUAAUGAAUAUUGAUGGGUGCGGCUGAUAAAGUCUUUAUACAAUCCCCAGUGUGAUGUCCAGCCCCUUAUUAUAAUUAAUGAGCUGGUCUUGCUUCUAAGUGAAUAUUCCAGCGAAUAUAAAAUAUAAAGUGGGCGUUUCCACUUUUCACCUUUUUUGAGAUUCUAUUUUGCAAUGAUUAAUAAAUGGUAAAACCAUUUUUCUUUUGUUUUUGUUUACUGAAUUAAAGAUUUGUUUGAACAACAAAACACAGUGUAAUUAUGCCUAUUGAUAGGUUACGUGCUUUUUUUGUAUGUAUCAGCAGAAAGUGGGCUUUUUAAAACGUUAAGGUCUCACUCACUUGAUUCAGUAUGAAGCUAGUUGCAUGCUGUAUGUGUAACACGCCUAAAGAUGUCACAUAGAAUUUAAGUAUUUUUUAAAAAACAAUGGUACAUCACCAAUAUGUUUCAAAACUGCACAAUGUGUGUGUACGCAGUGUUGAUGAAGACUCCUGCUUAAUUAUUUUCAGUAAUUAGUUUUUAAAAUAUGAAUAGCGUUUUACGUGCUACAAAGUAGAGAAAUGACUUGUCACUGCCACAAACUGCUUGUGUGUCCUGAUUCGGUUAC